GUUUAAGAGCGGGUACCAGUCAUCAAAACACGCUGCUGCCAUUGACACAACACAACCGCGUAUCUUCAACGUUUUAUUCAACAAAAAACGAUAGUUUAUCAUGGUGAAAUUUAUCUUUAAAAUUGCUAUCUGAUUCAAAGUAUACUCAAAUUUAUGAUAAACAAUAGGACAAAUUCAUAACUUUUAACGCUUAAAAUACACAACACUAGCUACAAUGAAGUUAGUCAGAUUUUUGAUGAAGUUGAGUCAUGAAACGGUAACCAUCGAGUUGAAGAAUGGCACACAAGUACAUGGAACAGUCACAGGAGUUGACGUCAGCAUGAAUACACAUCUUAAAUCUGUUAAGAUGACGAUCAAGAACCGCGACCCCGUACAGCUGGACAGCCUUAGCAUCAGAGGUAACAACAUCCGGUACUUCAUCCUACCAGAGAGUCUACCCCUAGACACAUUGCUGAUUGAUAACACACCAAAGGCCAAGGCCAAGAAGAAGGAAGCAGCUGUUGGCCGAGGCAGGGGCGGGCGUGGCGGGAGAGGUAGUCGAGGACGAGCAAGAGGUCGUGGUCGUGGAAGGAGAUGAGAUGGCGUUUAAUAUUUCUAGUUGUGUUGUAUUUUAAGUACAUGUAGUAGAUAAAUACCAAGAUAUCAUUCCAGGGGUGGAUUUCACAAAGAGUUAACACUAGUC